AUGGACGCUGCCUACGUGGUCUCGCCCGAUGGCAAGCUCCCCUGGGAGCUGGAAGAGUCAUCUACAAAGGUGGAAGGCUAUAAAGCAGCGCCAGCGGUGCAAGACGCGCCACGUACAGGCGGCCUUGCCUUGGUCCAAGCUGCCGAGCGGGGCUCCGUGGAAGAGCUGCAACGACUGCUGCCUGGCGCAAAUCCUAACCUCCUGGCCGCGGAGCUCAGGCUCUACCAAGGCUCCUUCCGAAUGUUUUCAACGGACUGGACGCCAUUGACAGCUGCGACCUUUGCCGGCAAGGAAGAUGCGGUGAAGGUCCUCUUGGAGGCCUCGGCCGACGUCAACGAGGUCUGCUGCUGUUGUACCUCCAGUGGUCCCUACAGCUUUUGGACGGCGCUGGACAUUGCACGUGCCGGUGAGACACUUCCUUGUGAACGAGAUCCGCAGAAACAGAAGCAACCCAGGCACCCAACCAUCGAGAAACUGUUGCUGUCCUUCGGUGCGAAGCCUGGCUCCAAGCUGCCGGAACCUCCUGGGAUGAACACCUACGGAGCUUUGGCCGAAGAGAACCAGCGCCAGAACCCCUGUUUAGACGAGCACACGGGGUUUCCCCUGCGGCCUUCGCAUCUCUACAGCGAAGAGGAGGAGCUCCAACGCCAACAGGCACCUGGAGCUCCGAAGUUUAGCAGCCACCGAGGUGGUGGUGGCUGCCCCAUGACCAGCAUGGGCAUGCUGGCCACCAGCCAACCUGAGGGCGGCCCCCGGAUCUACUCGGCUGUUACCGCCACCAAGCGAUGA